AUGUUGUAUCAUCAGUGUCUUGUACAAAAUUUAACUGAAGAUGCUAUAUUAACACGAUGGAAUGAGAUUUUAUCAUCAGUUAAUGAAACACGAGAUGAAACGUUUAGCCCAACUCUUCUUCGAAUUUUAACUGAUACUCGACAAUUAUGUGAUCAAAUCGAUAUGACAUUAGUUUCUCUUGCAUCUGAUUAUCUUUAUGUACUUAUGCAUAUUAUGGAAAAUGGUAAUGAAUCAAAAUAA